AUGGCUUCCGAAGCUGCUGCUGUCCAUUCACCUUCACUUGAAGUUCCUGCCUCAAACAAGGUUGUCACUGUUCGCAUAAUCGACACGGGGAACAGGGCAACCGUACCUACGGGUUAUUUUAUGGAACCUCAUAUUGAGGGUCACGAAAUCAUGAAAUCUCCUCAGUUUUCAUUUCUUGUUGAGCAUUCGUCGGGCAAAAAAAUCCUUUUCGACUUGGCCACUCGCAAAGACCCUGAGAACUUUUCCCCUGUUAUACGUCAAUCAAUGGCUGCAGGCGGUCUAGCAUUCGAAGGCGACAAGGAUGUCGUAGACAUCCUCGAGGAGAACGGCAUCAAGAGGGAAGAGAUUGAAGAAGUCGUUUGGAGUCACUGGCACCUUGACCACGUAGGAGACAUGUCACGAUUUCCAUCCAGCACGAAACUUGUCGUCGGACCCGGAUUUACCAAUGCUUUAGUCCCUGGAUAUCCUGCCAACGAGUAUAGCCCAAUAUUGGAAAGUGACUACAAAGACCGACCUUUGAUUGAACUAGAUUUCAAAGGCAAGAACGCAUUAAAAUUUGGCAGUUUUGAUGCCCUCGAUUGGUUCGGUGAUGGGAGUUUUUACAUUCUGGAUGCUCCAGGGCACACUGUGGGGCAUAUCUGCGCACUGGCGCGCACUACCCCGGACACUUUCAUCUUCAUGGGCGGCGAUACCUGCCACCAUUGUGGUGAGUUCCGACCAAGCAGAUACGUUCCUCUCCCUGAGGUAGUCACGCCUUCUCCUUACUCCACGCCGCCAUUUGCCCCCGGAAGUGAAUGCCCGGGAGCGCUCAUCAUGAACAUUCAUCCGCACAAGUCAUCAACAAAACCCUUUUACACCCAGAAGGCAAAAGAGGACCUGAUGCAAGAUUAUCCAAAACUGUUGGAAUCAGCAGACAAAAUGUCUUCAUUCGACGGAGAUGAGCAUGUCCUGGUCUUAAUUGCACACGAUGCUACAGUGCUGGACACGCUCGAAUUUUUCCCCAAGCAUGCUAAUAACUGGAAAGAACAUGGAUGGAAAAGUGCUGUUCGUUGGACGUUCCUCCAGGACUUCAAGCUGUGAAGGGCAAACACCGUUCCCCUCUGGUUUCAAGUAGCU